AUGUCUAAACGGACCCUCUACACAGUAAUCACUCCCCUCCCCCCCGGCAUAACCCGCGCGACCGUCAUCGAGACUUUCCACGCACACGUCGAGAUGAUAGACCUCAACCCCCUCGCGAUCGAGCGGCAUCCCAUCAGCCCUCCCUCCGGCGUACCCGCUGAGGAAACCCAGUGCCUCUGGUACCAGAUCACAGACCGCAUAUCUUACCUCCCCGGCGGCGCCCUCACGGGCAAAGUGUCCUACAACGCGUGCUUCCAUGACCUGCCGAACGGGCUCCAGACGCACAUCUACGCGCCGCUGGGGUUGGACAUCAAGGGCAAGUGGUCGCUGGGAGGGAACUUGCCAGGGGAGCCGCAGGAGGCGGUGGAGAUGGGGGUUGGAGCGCCGAGCACGGGAUUGUACAUCAGGGAAGAUGUGGAGAUGAGGUGUAACAUCUUUGCUGUUAGCUUUGUGAAGAGGACGCUCAAGAAGGCGCAUGCAUUGCUUGUGGAGAGGUUGGUGAACAAGACGAGAAUCGAGGAUCGGGAGAAGUUCAGAAUGUCGGAUAGCAUGUCGAAGGAGACAGCGAGCACGGUGUCAGCGUUUUCUCCUGUGAGCCCUGCGUUUGUGCCUGUGGCUGCCCAGGCAUCCACCGGGCACGGCGGGUUGGUCGAGUAUGCAACUUCAGCUGGAUACGGACCGUAUAGUCCGCCGAUACCACAGAACCAGGGCAUGUACGCGGAGACGUGGCAACAGUCGAAUUUGCCAUACCCGCCGGCGAACUCAUGUGACAGAAACUCCGCGCAGCCUUACCAGUCAGGAUAUUCAGGAAACUACCAGCAGAUGAAUCCGGCGUAUUCAGCAGCAGGCUCAGUGGAUUCAUACGGCUACAACUACGGGCAUCCGUACGAGCUGAGUACAUCCGAGCCUCUGCCAACGCGGAAGCCUAUCGGCAGCGGUCAAGCUUGGCCUGCGGCUGAGACUGGAAUUCCUGAAACAAAGCGACCACAGCCGCCAGUGAAGCCGGUGGAGUUGGAAGGAUGA